AUGAAAGACUUUGAAAAAGCAGAGCUUCCCUUUGAUAUUGUUCCAACUUCUGAUCACUUUGAUUAUUUAGAAGCCUUGCAAAAUGAAGAAUAUUAUAACAAGGGAAUUAUUUUACAAAUUAUCUUUGAAAAGGAGAAGGAAGAAUUUCCAUCAAAAGUAUUCUCCGAUUUGAUGAAUAGAUUGGUGUUGAGAACAGAUAGUUCGGUUCUCACUAUUUUGUGUCCAUUGUUUUCUAUUGAGAUGCCGAAGGGUAAUUCAAAGUUUACAACUGUUCGGGAUUUGUUACUUGCUAUCAAAUAUUCAAUUGAUGAUAUGCCAUCUAGUAUUCAAAGUCAACUCUUGCCAAAGAUUGGUGUAUUUUCUGAAAUUGUUAACAAUGUAGAUUAUGUUCCUGAUUGGUUCAAAUUGAUUAUUGAAGAUCCACUUGGAAAUUCAAGAAUUCAAUGUAAUAGAAUAGAAAACAUUUCAACAUUGAAGGAUUGUUACGAUAGUGAUCCAAAUGUUCAUGCUGAUUUCUUUACUCGUACAGAAGCUGAUUGUCUUGAAUUUGAUUUGAUUUUGGAAAUUGAAGAAAGACCAAACACACUUUAUGGAGAUAACGCUUUAGAAAAGAUUAUUGAACUCAUUCAAAAUUCAUCUAAAAUUUUGGGAUUGACAGGAGCAGGUAUUUCUGUUGAAAGUGGAAUUUCUGCCUUUAGAAACAGUGGCAAUAGUCAAUUGCAAAAUAUUUGGGAAAAGUGGAAUCAAGAUGAAAUGACCUACCAGAAUAUUCUUUCUAAAAAAAAGAUAAGAGACGAUUACUUUGAGAUGCAUGCGUUCUUGAAGGAACAAAUUUCCAAGGCAGAACCAAAUGGCUCUCAUCACUUGUUCGCUCAACUCAAGGAGAAAGGAAAGUUGUUGAAAGUUAUCACUCAAAAUAUUGAUGGCAUGCAUCAAAAAGCUGGACUUUCAGAUGACAAAGUUAUUGAAAUUCAUGGCAGCUCCAGAGGAGUUGUUUGUACCAAAUGUCGUACAUUGGUCGAAGAUCCAGAGAAGAUUUACAGUCAAGUCAAGGAUUGUGUCUUAGAAGGAAAAUCUUUGCCAGAUGAACUGGUAACAUGCAAAUGUGGAGGUGUUUUGAAACCAAAUACAAUCUCAUUCGGUGAAGAAUUACAAGAUAGCAAAUUAAUUGAAGCAAGGCAACAAUGUAGAGAAUGUGAUUUGAUGAUUAUUAUGGGAACAAGAUUGUUGGUUUCACCAGUUAAUCAAUUACCAAAGUUGGUGGCUGCAAGAAAUGUCCCAGUUGUCAUUAUUAACUUGGAGAGCACACCAUUUGAUAGAAAUAGUGUUGCUGUCAUGAACGGCAAGAGUGGUGAAACUUGUAAUUAUAUUCUUCAUCGUUUAACCUCUAUCAACAAUCAAGAACGAUAGCAAUAAAAAAGCUUAUUCCUUUUUUCC